AUGGAAAGUGAUGACAAGAGACAAUCAAAAGUUGUUCGGUACUCUGGCUCCGCAGAGAAACAAUCCAUACAGUUUGAUGAUAAAGGUACACCUCUCUAUUCAUCUAAUGGAUCUACUAAAUACAUCAGUGAAAACAGGAACUUUGAUAUAUGUGUAGCUGACUGGGGAGCUAAAGCAGUAGUGGUGGUCAAUCAGGCCGGGAAAUAUAGAUUCAGAUAUAAGGGAUAUAAUCUUGUUCCAAGAAGAUUACCACUCAGUCCAAAAGGAAUCACAACAGACAGUCAGGGUCACAUCCUUAUAAGUGAUGGGAACCACGAAUGUGUUCACAUCAUAAAUGAAGAUGGAAAGUUCCUAAGUUACAUAAAGUGUCAAUCUUUACCUUUUCUACUACGUGGAUUGUGUACUGAUACAGAAGACAAUCUGUUUCUUCUUAGUUGCAAAGUAUCAGGAAAACAAAGCACUACAAAACCAAACAAUACUGUUAUUUCAAGUCAAGAUUAUGUAAAGAAAAUUGAAUACCUGCAGUGA